CUGCUUGCUUCCGUCUGCCAUCUCCACCUCUCCUUCUCGCGUCCCGCAGCACAGCACAGCGCCGCCUCGACUCCAGAUGCGCGCGCCGUUUGCCUCGCUGCGGGCGCUGCUCAGCGCGCCCGUGUCGGGCUUCGACGCCUGGCGCCUCGUCGCCCAGAUCGCCGUGCUGCAGACGCUGCACUACUUUGUCCUGCUGCUGCUGCUCCCGCUGGCGCACCUGAUGAUCUCCGCCGAUGCGCGGCGCAAGUGGGCCGCUUGGCUGGCGUGGAGUGUUGCCGGCGUCGUCGACGUGCACCUGCUGCUCUUCCUCAUCCGGCGGCCGACGCAGAUGCUCGACCACGUCCUCACGCUGCACGUGCUGCACCUCGUCGCCACGAUCUUCUACACGCGCGCCUUUCCCUGCCCCACCUACUUUGCCCUCGCCGCCGUGCACGCCGCCGCCGUCGUGCUCGUCGCCGAGCGCCGCGCCGUGCAGCGCGAAAUGCACGACGGCUUCGAGCCGCUGCAGCUCGACGACGAGGAGGAGGCAUCGGGCGCAGCAGCGCCCUCGGCGUCAAGGCGGACAGAAGAGGUGUUUAAGCUGGAGGACGACGACGACGAUGCGGGGCGCACAAAGGAGGAGAUCGAGAUGCGCCCGCUGCAGCCAUGAGCGCGGUGCGCGGCAGACGCACAGGAAUGCCAUUGCUUUGCCGCCGGAUGAAUGCGCAGUGGACGUGCGGCGGUAUUGCGGUGGUCGAGAUGCGUCGGUGGCUGCGCAACGUCUGUGAGUCGUGCCAAGCUUGUGCUCCGGUCUCGCCGGUGCUUCCUGCGAGAGGCUUCUACUGCGGACGGCACUGCCCCUGGCGCGACGCGAAAGCGCGUUC